AUGCCCCGCAAAGCCUUCGACUUCUCCCCCUACAAGGCGGAGAUCCUCGAGUACCGGCGCCUCGGAUGGGAUGCGCAGGAAAUCCUAAUGGCGCUCCGUCUCGAGCAGAGCAAAUGGACGCUGAACCGAUGGCUGGCCAAGCACAGCCCGGACUCGAAAUACAAGCUGAUCAAGGACCAGGCCCUGCUUGAUUUUGUGCGCGAGCAGUGGUGUCGGAACCGCACGCAUAGCGAGAUCCUCGACGCUGUCAAUAAGGAGUUCCGUCCUUCUGGUGGAGAUAUAUCGAGCAGGCAGCUGAAGGUCCUGAGGCAUCAUGAGGGACUUCUGUUUCGGAGAAGAGGGGACUUGACGGAUGAGGAGUGGGAGGCUAGGAUUGCGAAGGUUACUUCGGAUUCCUCAAGGCCUCAGACUGCGAAAAGUCCUACUACUGUGGACUCAGGAGAUAAAGAAGAUCUAGCAGCUGGAGGGCCUUCCAGCUCGUCACCCCAGCCUUGA